CAGUUGGUUUUCAUUUGUUGAGGUGGAAGGUCGGUUGAAAAUCUGUCUGUUUCCAACAACAUCGCUUUUCGUAAAAUAUAUUAUAUAGGCGCCAAAAAAGUAGUGUACGUUUUCAAUUUAUCAAAAUGUGACUUUUUUUAAUUUUUUUUAUCGAUUGUUUAAAUACUUUUAUUAAAACUGAUGUGAUAUAUAUUUUUGAAUAAAUUAUUGAUAGUUCGCAAAUAUGAAUGCGAAAGUGGGACCCCCUCUCAUGGUACCUCACGUGGAUAUCAACAAAUAUCAAGGAGAUGAAGGACAGAUAUACGAAGUCGACCGAAAUGGUGGGUUGGUGCUGCAACAGCAGUGGGUGACGUUGACUGCGAGUAUGUGGCCGGAGCCUACAACCGCCUCAACGAGGGGCUGGAAGAUCUCUUCCGAGCGUUUACCUUUGUUGGCCGCCGUAUUUUGUGGUGCUGCGCUAAUAGUUUGUUUAAUCUGCGCUUUCUUUCUUUAUCGUUGUUGCGUCAUGCCACGUAGGGAUAAGCAUUAUUGUAUUAGGAAAACAGACGGAACUCCUACAGGUACUCAAGUACCAUCAGUAGUUUCCCCGGCCUACCCAAACCAAUCUGCUGUUUUCGCUGAACAAAAAGGAUGCUCUUGGGGUUAUAGCAAUAAACUUGUUGCACCUACCCAGCCCAGUCCUUGGUACAUACCGAGAGUAAUAGGCGGACCUCAAUGCACGCAGUGUCCUGGAGUUUGUCCAGUACCCAGGAGCUCUAGUAAUCCCGGUAAUUCAACGAACGCGGCUUCAAGUAGUUCCACGAGUAGAAAACAACGACCACUAAGUCAACCGAUACCAUCAACGGUGAAUGGUGAAAUUGUACCAAAAGCUCCAUUACCAGAAAUAUCAGAAUUUUCACCGAGCAGCCCUCAAUAUGCUUCUAGCAGUAUUUUAGAUGAAGUUAGUACCAAAGAUGAUAAACUCACCGGAGAACCUACUUUGAAAACUAGAAGUUUACCAGCUUGGGUAAGGUCUAAACCGAGACCUCUAUCCACAGAAGAUGACAUCAAUGAUUUAUACGCUAAGGUUAAUUUUAGUAAAAAACGAAAAAACCGCAUGCGUAACGACGAGGCAGCCAUAAUAGCUUUAAGCAAGUCUAGGAGUCAAUUUUUACACAAGGACACAGAUUCCUUAGUCGACAACGAAGCUGUUAUAGUGUACGACGAACGCACAGCUUUGUAGAUUUUUUUUUCAUCCCGUAAUUAUUAAAUACGUAACAUGAAAUAUCAUAUGUGGAAUAUAUUAUGUACAAGACUGUACCCUGGAAUUAUCUUUUUAUCUAGAUUUUUUUAAUCCCGAAUUCCUUUAAAAUGGGAAAGUUUUGAGGCGGAAUUAUACGAGUUAACGAGCUAAUUCUAGGUUAUGUUCUUAUUUUUUAUUAAAAACAAGUUAUAAUGUAGAAAUUAUUUACUUUAUGAUAUCACAAAUAACGGACAUAUCGUAAACAAUGUGUAAGACUUGUGAUCGACAAAUAAAGUUAUUAGUUAUAUAAGUUACCAAUGGUAGACUGUGGGAGUUCCAAAUACCAUCUUGAUGAAGUCUUAUUUCAUCUUACUUACAGUUGGUUGAAGUAUAGCAACAGACGACAUAUCUCAACAACAACGAAACGCACAAACAUCUCCCGUGAAUUAUUUUUUCAUUGCCUUGCAAAGGUCAUUGAAGCGACCUUUAGUUUUUCCCUUUACUCUUCUAUACCUAUUCUCAUAAGAGUUUCCUGGGGCGACAAUGACCAGUAAGGUAACCAGUAAGAUCCAAAUACUUUUUCAAGGAAUAUCAGGAUGAGCCAAGGACCUUUGACUACCUCUGCUAUUCCUUGCAAAUAAGGAAUCGAGGAAGCUUGUACAUCGUUUAUGAAGAUCAAGAAGCUUCUCUGGAUUCUUGGAUUCUCAAGUUUUAUGUAUUCCCAGUUCUCUACGGUUGAACCCCACAUUGCGAACUAGCCCUAGAAGACGCCUUCGAGGUAUGGAUCCACUGUAGGGUACUGGGAAUAUAAUGGGAUCAAUGUAGAUGUUCUGAGAAGAGUGGAGAAGGACGUGAUGAAGUGUAAAGAAGAAAACAAUAUCUUGGUCUCAUCAUAAAUGGUCCAAAGAUCUAUUGGAAGAAAAAGAAUAUUUUGGUUUAACGUAAUAACAUCUGACAUACUCAGAUUUUGUUAUUUGUUAUCUUCGAACCUUUCCCAACAAAAUAUCAAACGUAUUCUCAGUAUUAAAAAAUACUAUUGAUAGAAAUAUAGAAAGAAACAAAGUUGAAGAAUUCCACUGGGAAUUUCGAUUCAUUUUCAUUCUUAUAAUAUUGGAAAUUCAGUAUCAGCGAUGCUCUAAUCUAUAAAAAUCUCUCUCCUGUAAGUAAACUUCAAGAUUAUAAAACUGGAAACAGUCGCUGGGGGGCAGAUCUGGUAGGCACGGUGGUUUGUCAACCAAUUCGAAGUGCAAUUCACGAAUUUUAAUCAUGGUGAUCACCAAAGUAUGAGAAGGUGGCUUGUACUGAUGAAAAAUCUCAUAACCAUCCAAAAAAUGGUUGUAAUCACUUUCGGAACACGUUUGCCUUUGGCAAUCUACUGUAUUGACUGGUUUCCAGUUUUAGUAGUGUAGUAGUCCAGGUUCUAUCUACUGUUAUUAAUUAAUCCAAAAAAUCUGCUAUUAAAUUUCGAUGCUCGUUGUUGAAAAAUGUUCAAAAAGUUCCACGGAAUGGUACUUUUAAACUAUUGGUACUAUUUUCUUUUACUCCUUGUUUCAUUCCCGCAGUUUAUGGGACACAAAUUCCAUUGUCUUUAAAAGAGUUGACAUUUUAAGAUAUGGUACUUUUGAACUACUAUUUCCUUAUGUUCCUCGGGUUUGCUUAGAAUUCUGCAGUUCAAUAGGCGCAUUUUUUUAAUAAUUGAUGUCUUAAAAGGUGGUACAUUUGAACUACUCUCAUUUCUUGUUUUAUUUGCUGAUUAUUGAUGCGUUUCAUGAGAUACAAAUUUUGUUUUCUUUUAAUUAAUCGAUGAAUUGACAUUUCAACAUUUGGUACUUUUGAACUACUAGUAUCACACUUUACAUAUGGUCCUCGUGUUUGCUUGAAAUCCUAUUGUAGUUCAUAAGGCGCAAUUUUUUUAUAAUUGAUGUCUUAAAAGAUGGUAGAUUUGAACUACUUGAAUUUUUGUUUCGUUUGCUGAUAAUUCUUGCGGUUCAUGAGAUACAAAUUUGGUUUUCUUUUGAAAAAAAAUUGUAAAGUUCUAAAGCUUCCAUAGAAUUUAUAAUUGAGCUCGUGAGGAUUUGAUUUUCCAAUAUAAAAUGCAAGUGAAUUGUCAAACCUUCUUCUGAUACACCCAUAGUGCUCGAGGCCUAUCAGAAGCCGAAGUCCUUGGAAAAACCAAUCAUUAGGUUUCUCAGUAUGAGAAACAAAAAAAUAGUUGCUCUAGUAGCAUGUAAGGUUCAAAAUUAUAGUCCAAUUUUAGACUCUAUAUUGAAAAUUUUAAUUAUUUAUAUAAAAAAAAUGUUCUUGUCCUUUUAUUAGUCAUCAUCUUGUAAAUAGUAUUUUAAAGAAUGAUGUUUGUAACUCCUACAGUAUUAUGAAGAAAUUGAGAGGAAUUUUGAAAAUUUUCUAGUAUAUUUUCCUGUGAUAAAAAACUUUGGCUUUGAGAUUAGUUUAAGAGAAAAUUUGUAUUUUAGACCGGCAACAUUUGAAGACUGUAUUUGAUAUAUUUAGAGGUAGUAGUGACAUAUAAAUUUUUAGAAAUUAAAAAUUUUUUCAUGUCUCGCUCAUUAUGUAAAACAGAUUUCGAUUAUAACACAUAUUUACAGUUCUUCAAGUAAUGUUAGAAGCAUGUUUCAUAGUGGACAACCCGAUUUCGCAUCUAGAUUUCAUAUUUGUGCUCACAUACAGUGUCUACAAAAUAUGUACGCAAAUAAAAAACUAUUAUAUAAAUCACG